AUGGCGACCAAAGCGCUCGAGGCUCGUUUCAAGCAUUUAUCUGUUCAAGAUGAGAACAGUGGACAAGAUGGGACCAAUUUAAACCGGAAUUCCAAGGUAAGUGGGCUCUAUGGUACCCUUACAACACGCGUUGAGAGCACAGUUAAUGACAGGGAGCAGGUCGCAAGCACCGGCACACAUCCAUCGGACAGACUCCAGCCACCAGAGAGCUCCAAGUCUAAUAUGUACAAACAACAGUGCACAAUUAUUGACCCUGUCGCUUCCCAAGUCAAUCGAGUAAAAGGCGGAAAAGUUCUUCGGCCCUCUCGAAAGCCCCUCUCGGUUAUUUCGACGCAGAGACCCGAUGAAGUCGUCAAGGCCAAAGAACAUAACGUCACUGAUAUCGACCAACAAAGCACAACCCUCAAUCGUAUCGCCUCCAAAUUUACUCAAGCCAAAGACCAACCAGCAUCUUCUCGGACUCGACACCCCCUCUCUGCCGUUAUGUCGUUAGCAUCGGUACGAGUGAUGCCAAGUGGCAAAGCAGAGCCGCCAAUCAGCUCGUUUCCCAAGCGACUCAAGCAAAAGUCGGACAAACUCUUUCCCUACAUCGACACGCCCUCUCUGUUUCUCGGUCGGUAA